AUGUUUCCACAUUCACCCUCAAAAACAGUCAUGGCCAUGAUUCAAGGGGGUGAUUUAAAGCCAAAGAGUCCUCCUCCAUCAACGUUAAGAGGUUUAGUUUCUAAUAAUUUUGAAAAUGAAGUUCAGGAGGUCACUGCAAAAUUCAUUCAAUCUUUGCAAGUUAUUCGAAAUGAAACUAUUGAGCAAGCUAAACAGCAAAUUGAAGUGGAGAGACAAGAAUUGGAAAUGGAAAAGAAAGAAUGGGAAAUGGAAAAGGAAAGAUUAUUGAAAAUGAAUCCAAUUCAAGAUGAAAUUGUUUAUUUAGAUGUUGGCGGGAAAUUGUUUACAACAAGUAUUCAAACUUUAAAGAAUUGUUAUCCAAUUCUGGAUUGGAAAGUGAAUUGA